CGUGCGACACUUUUGAAUAUUUAUUGCUCUCUUUCUCCAUCUUAUCACUGAAAAGCAAAAAAAAAACUAUCAAAAUAAUAAAACGAAGACAAAAUGGAUUACAUUUUCGACAUUUUCUACGAAGAAAUUUUCGAGUCAAUGGACCGUAAUGGCUUACAGACACGCCAGAGUCGUCGUGACGUUAUUGAUCGUCUCAAUUCAAUCAUAUCGGGCGGCAUUGGGGGGCAAAAUUUGACGGCAACGCAAAGUAGCAGGCAGGCCAUCUUGUCGGCAAUCGAAUAUCAUCAGCGACACAAGGAGCAAAAUGGAAAUGUCUGUUUGAUGGGAAAAUUCCACAAUAUUCUGUAUGUAGCGGUUCGUGUCGCAUGGGAUUGGGGCGUCGAGGAUUCCCAUGUCGUAGCUGAGCUACUGAGAGAAAUUUAUUCGUGCGAAAAGACAUUCGAACGACUGUUUUUGGGCGCAAUUUUUGGUACAAAUGCUCCGUAUUUCAUUGCUGGAUGGCGCAGUGAUUUCAAGGACCAGGACGAGAAUACUCGAGCGAUAGUUUUCUUUUUGCAACAUGCAGCAAAUGCAGGAUUGGAAUUUCCCAUUUUCGUCCGAAAAAGCAAUUGUCUGAAGAUGAUAAGAUUCAUCGAUGUUCCGAUCGAGUCGUGUGGCAAGGCGUCUCCAUUGCGAGUGACGUUACAGGCAAGUGCGCCCGACAUUCUCAUGAUUCUAUUGAGAUACGGUGCUUCUCCGAAUCCCUUUGAUGACGGUUUACCGCCCGUAAUUGCGCUCUUCGAUAAAUUAAUUGAGUAUCAAGAUCGACGGUAUCCUUAUCAAUUGGAUGCUUGUCUGAGGUUGCUAUUGAAGACACUCUCCUUCGUAGAAAUGCCUUUUAAGCCACUCAUGUACGAUGCACGUAAAGAAAUGUUUCUUGACAAGUACGAGCAGUUACUUCAAGACAAAUUGCUGGAUGCUAAUCUCAUUUUUGGCGUGCCUUCAUUGAAGCAUUUGUGCAGAUGCACGAUUCGAGAGAGAUUAAACGAAAAUUGUCAAUUGCCAAAGGGAAUCAAAGAAUUGAAAAUACCCGGGAAGUUGAGACGAUACAUCGAUUUAAUGGAGUAAAAUUGAACAAAAAAAAUAA